CGUUCGUUUCCAUAGCAGCAGAUAAACAAAGCAGGCUCCAUUCCUAUGGAUGGAAGCAGCAUUAUCUCUGGCUAAACACAUCAAGGGUCUUUCAGUAAUAUGUCACUUGUCUAAUUUUCGACGGAUAGGAGAUCCUGCGUUUAUUUGGUUGUUUAUUUUCACUUUUGCGAAUGAGUGGAUGAAGCAAAUGGAUAACCACAGACGAAACGUCCAAACAAGCACAACCAUUGGACAUGUGUAUUUGCAGCCUUCUCCGUUUUAUUUAAAAACAUGCAAGAUAUCUUUGACCAUCUUCUUGUCACUGUCCCAGAAUGCCCCUCUUCCUCCAGUCCUCCAGCGUCAGAACAGAGUGCCGGCCUCUGCUCACUUCUCUCUCACCUCACACUCUAAGCAUGACAGAAAGCCACUAAAUGGACCUCUGUAUAAUGAAAUCCACUCUAAAGCUCCUCCACACUGGACCACACACUUCCUCAAUGAGCUGGCCCAGAGGCUCAGAGACCAUCCAACAGUGCGAGUGGUCUCUAACCCCAUCAGUGAAAUGCAGGACCAGUACAGAGGUCAAUUAGCAGCAUGUGAACCUCUUGGUGAACACUAUAGCAAGAUACAGGCACUGUACAGACAGCUGGAAACGACUCAGGCAAUCAUGCAAGAACCAGUCCUCAGCACAACCAAGACCGACUUCAAGCGCUUUCACAGGUCAGAUUUGUCUUCUCGCUCUGACCUGGAUGCUGCUACCUUUAAUGGAAAACUUACCAAGAGCGGGGCUCACAGCCGACUUCCUGCUCACAAAGCUCCAUCCACUUUAUCAUGUCAACCCCGGCUGCCUCGCCCACCUCUGCCUUUGCCCCACAGGGGCAAAAGCAGUCUGUAUAUGGACAGUUUUAUGGUACCUGUGCCUCCCCCAACAUCACAAGCUGCUGAUAUUGCACAAAGCGGGGUGAAAUGGGAAGAAAAUGGUGGUAGAGGUCUGUUACUGGAUGUUUUAGGUGUUCCUAAAAUGUAUAGUACUGAAAAUCAGACUUAUGGAACAAAUAAGAUGUCUCUGCUGUAAGAAAAGAGUUUGAUUUUCAGUUCGGCUGUAAUUGAUCUGAACUUCUAAAAUGGAUUCAUCAAUAUUUCUGUUCUUUUGUCAUUCAGAGGAUCUGUAAUAAAUGGAGAAUGAAACAUGUUAGAAGUGAUUGGUGGAA